AUAUGGAAGAAAUGUCUCAGUCCAGAAGACCGAGAGUCUGAAGACGCCAUGGAAACGUGCAGGAUCUUCAUCAUCAGGUUCAUUUUGGUUGGAGAGGUCAGACGAACCAAAGGAUCACAGAAGAUGUUGCUCUGAGCCUGAUCAGAUGGAGGUUGUUUCAGUGACCUUUUACCUCAGUCAUUGGUGUUCAGCUGAUCUCAGGUCUGUAACCCCGCCCCCUCCACGCUGUCCUCUCUGCCAUCUGUCCAUCAUUGGCUAGAGGAGCCCCCUCGGCUCCUGAUUGGCUGGAGGGAAGGAGGGAGGAGUUAUCAGCUGAUUGAUUAGGAUCAGGACAAGGAGGAGGAGCUGAGUCUGUAAAUCCAUGAUGAGGCGGCUCUGCUGCAGACAACAAGUGUUCAAAGAGAGCGAGGAGGACGAGGAAGACCAGGUUACUGAGUGGCACAGAGAGGAAGGAGGAAACGGAGGUUACCACGGCAACCCAGGAGACGUCACUGCAGCGGCAGGACAGAGGACACUCAGGUUUUAGGACUGAGCUGAUGGAGGAUGGAUCUGGUUCCAUGGAAGUCCAGCAGUCCUCUGUACAUUUGACAAAAAGGAAAGAUCAGGUUAAUAAAGAGGCAGCAAUGCCUCUACCAGGUAAAGUUCUCCACCUCUAUGUGGAGGUCAGGUCUGUUUCUGAGGAGGAAGAGAAGUUUCUUGGUAGAGGUGAUGAUGGGACCAACCAAUUGAUGCUGCAGUGUCCAGAUAUCGUCUCUAACUCUCAGAGGAGCUCCAGCAAAUCUAGUCCUAACCGGAGUCCAGAUCUUUCCCCGGUGAUACCACGUCAUUCAGCAGAUGGAAACCAUAGCUUACCCUCCUUAAAGUCAUCUUCCAGGCAUUCAGUCAGCUUCCAACUCCAAAACCCUCAUUCUUCACUGUCUCCAGCCCAGUUCCAACACCAGGAUGCUUUAAAUGAUAGUUUUGGACACUUACUUGAGGUCCUGGCGCCCAAAAAAUCCAGUACCAGCCAUGAUGGUUCUCUGGGAUGCCCCCAUCCUCCUGAUAUGGAUCCCUACUAUGAGCAGGUGGCCACCCCCCAGUCAUCUUCAUCCUCCUGCUGGCUGACUGUGCCCUCCACUUACAACAGCAACCCUCGGUCCUGUGAGGACCCAGAUAUGGUGGCUGACGAUGGACAGAUGUCUUUGGUGUCCUUUGGGUACAUAGAUAAAGGCAGUGUUAACAGCAUGGCUGGACAAGGUAACGCCAUCUACCAGCAUGAUCCUGACACCUAUCUCAGAAGAAUGGAGGAACAGCAGCUUCCUGCUUGUCUCCAGAAGAGGAGUGAUCCAGUACGGUGCAGCGAUAAAACAUCACCAGACAACACAUUGCACAGCCACCCCCACCAAUCUAGGAGUGACACCUCAUGGAGCAUGCCGUACUUAUCAAAGGCAACCAUGGACGCAGUGGCCAGAGAUGCCACCCACAGGGCUUUAGAGGAGUUUGGAUCUCCAGAACUCAGGCGCAGGUUUGCAGGUCAUACUUCUGAGAACUACAGUCCAUCUUUACCUCGACACUCUCAGGCUCCACACUGCCGGUCUUGGGGUGGCUCACCUGUCCUGUCCCGCAGUACUCUGACUCUACCAUCCAGGACUGAUCUCCUGGAGAUGGAUAGAAGAUUCUGCCGUGGUUUAGUGAAUGGAUUACCUAGAAGUCCUGCAUCUGACCACCUGUGUGCUCAGACUGGUGACUCAUUCUACUCAGUGGCUCCAUCUUCAACAUCUCGACACCAUAGUCCUGCUCAAAGCCCACAGAGGCCUUGGGUGCAUGAAGAAGGUCACAGGUUGUCCAAUAAAUUCCAACCACCAUUACCCGCAGGAAGACCCACGGACAUUCAGCAUGAGAUCCCAAGAAGCAGCAACCCUUCUAGGACUGAGCACCAAGCUGGGUACUCUCACCAUGGUGUUAAUAACAGAUGCAAUAAUAAGGUAACCAACAGCAGUCAUCUUGCAUCAGAACCAGUGAGCAUCAGCUCCAAUGAUUACCCAAACAGUAGGAGUCCUCACCAUCCUUCCCGCUGCAGUAGCAGAGCCAGUGAUGCAUACAGUCCCAUCAGUGACAGGAGGAGCAUCUCUCCAUUCUCCAUUACUGAUCUGGAUUACAAGACACUUGGAGAGCCUAACAGAAUCUCAGCCGGUUCUGCAGACAGACGGUACAAAUGGACCCCUUCUCCAACUCCCUCUGAAGCUGAGUCAGUGAGGUCAGAGAGUCCUCAAUAUUCAGGGAUGUUACCAAAAGAGUCUCUUCUCUGGCAACUGCCCCCUGAGCCUAUGAAGAUAGAAAACCAGAACCAUAACAGGAAAACGGAAACACUGGCACCUCAAACUAAACCAGGAUGUAUUUCUCCUGUGAUGUUCAAAAGAGUUGCAUCCACACCAGCAUCCAAGUUGGAUCGGGUAUCUGCCUCUGGGUCACCAGUGUUGGACCCCCAGCUGAGACGGACAUCAUCACCAUCUAAAGACAUGUCCAGUUUGCAGCCAGCCCAUUACACUGGACGCCAUAAAUCACCUGUCAUUGAGCAGAGGCAGUAUGAUCACCUGUUUGACAGGUCACCGACAGCCAGCAGAAACACAUCCAGUCAAAAUGCAGAGUGUUCAUUGGUGAACUGGACCUCCAAGCAACUGAAACACUCUGGACCUGUUGUGGACAGAGGUGAAACCGUCCAUCAGUCAUCUUCUAAAGUUCAUACUCAGAGCAAUGAUCAGGGCUGUAGAAAGGAACGAGGAGUCCAGAAACAGUUGGCCCAGGAGUGCCAGUUGUUGGUUUUGGGAAUGUCCAAGACUCAGAAAGAGGCUCGGGAUCACAGUGGAGCCACUGGGACGUUCUCCUCAAGCUCCAGUGGGGUUACAGGAAGCCUGGGAGACAGCUUGCAGCUGGACAGACUGUCCCCUGAGACCCCGAGCCAGUCGAGCCACAGUAUUGCGGACGGCGGUUCUGGGAUACAGUCGGACUGCGGCUCACCAUCCACUCCAUCUUCUCGUUCGCAGAAGAUCGCCCGAGCGAAGUGGGAGUUCCUGUUUGGAGGCCAGACAGACCAUCCCAGCAAAGACGUUUCAUCCACGACGCCACCGACCAGCUGCUCGCCCAGCCCCACCCCUUCCUCCUCCCUCCACCUGCAGCCGUCCAAUCAGAGGAGGGGGUGGGACCACCAGAAUCAGAACCUCUCUCAUCACGAGGUCCAGCAGGUUGAGGUGGAGGUGGUCCCCCCCCACCCCCGAGGCCCUGUCCCAAAGACUGGCAUCAUCCGACGGUCCAUCAAAUAUUCUGAGACGGACCUGGACGCUGUGCCACUGCGCUGCUACAGAGAAACGGACCUGGACGAGGUGAUGCGAGCGGAGGCUGAGGCAGCCGAGGAGGCAGAUUCAGCUUUCAGCAGCAACCAUAGAGUUCUGGGAAAGUCUUGCUUCAGGCCUGAGGACAUCUCCCCAAGUACAGGUGGACUGAAGGAGGAGAAUGGACGGGAGGAGGAGGAGGAAGAUGAGGAGGAGGAAGGAGUAGUGAGCUGGGCCAGUGUCAGGAUGCAGGGGGACCGGCAGAGACAGAGAGCUGCCAAAGAAGAAGAGGAGGUGUUCAGUCUGCUGCUGAAGGGGACUUUGGAGCCAUCAUCUGACGCCCAAGGAGGCCUCAAGUCUCCGAUCUCGGUUGGCAGCCCCUGCCGGCCGUCUGAAAGCAACCUGGACUCCUUCAGUCGCCACUUUGAGAGCAUCAUGGAGUCCCACCGGGCCAAAGGGACAUCCUACAGCAGCCUGGACAGUGUAGACCUGCUGACCUCUGGGUCCACCUCUGUGUUCACCUUUGACCUGCCUACGCUCACCCCAGAGAUCCAGAGUCAGAUCUGUGAGAGUGCCAAGCAGAUUCUGGAGUUGAGUUUCGCUCCGUUGGCCCGAAUGGACUCCUCUGCAUGCUGUGAGACAUCCCGUUCUGAAAUGGCCCUCAGCAUCUCAGGGGCCCGGCUCCGAGGAGGAUACAAGGAUGACUCUGGUCCUCCGGUCCGGUCUCGGUCGGAGAAGGAGUCGUGGCGGCGCUCCAUUGUCAAAGAGGGUUUCCGUAAGGCGAGCUCAGUUCCGGUGCUGCACAGCAGGGAGCGUCCUGUGAACCAACCUACUGAGCUGCUGCACCCUCAGGCUGAUGUGGCGAAGCAUAUGCCGCUGGGCGGCAGCGACGAGGUCCUGACCAACGGCUUGAAGCCGGACCUACAGGCCGCCAAACGUCUCGCCAAGCGCCUCUACAACCUGGACGGCUUCAGGAAGUCAGAUGUGGCUCGACACCUCAGCAAGAAUAACGACUUCAGCCAGAUGGUGGCGCAUGAGUAUCUCAGUUACUUUAACUUCAGAGGCAUGAACAUCGACCAGGCACUAAGGACAUUUCUGACCCAUUUCGCUUUGAUGGGAGAAACACAGGAGAGAGAGAGAGUCCUCGCUCAUUUCUCUAGUAGAUACAGACAGUGUAACCCAGAGAGUCUGUCCACUGAAGAGACCGUCCACACCCUGACUUGCGCCGUCAUGCUGCUGAACACAGACCUUCAUGGAAACAAUGUGGGGAAGAGGAUGUCCUGCAGUCAGUUCAUCUCCAACCUGGAGGGACUCAAUGAUGGGAAAGACUUCCCUAAAGAUCUGCUCAAGACUCUUUACAGCUCCAUCAAGAACGAGAAGCUGCAGUGGACCAUUGAUGAAGAGGAGCUGAGGAAGUCCAUGUCCGAGCUGGCCGAUGUCCGAACAGACUCCGCCUCCCACACCAUGAAGCGGCUCGGGAGUGGCGGAAACCCGCUGGUGGGCGUGGCUCAGCAGGCCGACGGAGAGCUUUAUAAGAGCGGUUUUCUGGUCCGGAAGGUCCAUGCUGAUCCUGACGGAAAGAGAACUCCUAGGGGGAAGAGGGGCUGGAAGACUUUCUACGCCAUGCUGAAGGGUCUGGUUCUCUACCUGAAGAAGGACGAGUACCGAACGGAGCGAGAGCUGACGGAGGAGGACGUGAAGAACGCCAUCUCCAUCCAUCAUGCUCUGGCCAUGAGAGCGGCCGACUACAGCAAGAGACCCAACGUCUUCUACCUGAGGACGGCCGACUGGAGAGUCUUCCUGUUCCAGGCGCCGAACGGUGAGCAGAUGCAGUCCUGGAUCACUCGGAUCAACGUGGUGGCGGCCAUGUUCUCCGCUCCCCCGUUCCCGGCAGCGAUCGGCUCCCAGAAACGCUUUAGUCGUCCUCUGCUGCCGGGAUCUAACACCAAACUGUCUCAGGAAGAGCAGCUCAAAUCCCACGAGAGCCGCUUUAGGGCAGUUUCCUCCGAGCUGGUGGAGGUCACGGCCUCCACGCCGGACCGAAAGGUGAAAGGUCGUGAGCUGGAGGAGCAGAAGCUGCGUAAGGAAUACCUGGAGUUUGAGAAAACACGGUACGGGACGUACGCCAUGUUGCUGCGGGCCAAGCUGGUGAAAGGAGACGAUGACCUGGCGGCUUUUGAGGCUCGACUGUUUAACGACGGCGGCCUGCAGAGGGCGCACUCCAGCCCCUCGCUGCCUCAGGACGCUGCCAACAAGGAGAAGAUCCGAAGCACCAAGACAUCCAAGAGCCUGAAGGUCACAUCCUCCUCCUCCUCUGUGAUGAAGAGCGGCAUGAAGGAGGUAGCAGGGAGCAAGAACGGUGGCGAGAACAGCCAGAAGGCGGAGCUUCAGAAGCAAAGCAGCAAACAGGAGGAGACCGCGUAACGUUCAAAUGCAUCAGACAAAACUCUGAGGCACUUUCCCUCCAGAUGAGAUGUUCAAAGUCAUGGGAAAAGAGACGCUCGUCCAAUAACCCUUUCAGCUACUGGCCUUCACAAUAACAGCUUUAUUUCCUGUUAGUCAUUUCAGGGCUUCAUGUGGAGAACUUUUAUUGUGGAAAGCUAAAAGUGGAAUGUUCAGGGUCACAAAUGCAUCAUAGGAUUUUCUAUUUUCAUCGUCUCAGACUGAGUUCCUGCUGCAGACUGAAUGUUGGAGGACCCAAACCAACAAUCAGAACCCAAACCUCCACUUCACUCUGUUUGUUUCUGCUGUUUUUUUUUUUUGAGUUCUGCUGAAAACAAACAGGAAGUAUGGGUGGCCAUUAGGGACAAAAACACAUGAAACAGAUUCCCAUUUUUACCAAACUGCAGAUCAGUGAAACUGCUGCUCAAUCUUGGUUCCAGCUCAGAGAUCCGUUCUGAUUUCCAGAUUUAAAUGUUUCUGUCUGCAUGUUGAUCGAACAAGUUUCAACAUUUCAUAUAAAUUCAUUCACAGAACUUCUAAAAGAAUCUUGAUUUCAGUUAAACAGAUUUUCUGGUAAGGAUCCAUAGAUCCUCUCUGCUGGAGGAGGUUUUGCUCUUUAUUUAGUUGUGUAAGGUUUGAUCAGGUCAGGUCACGUGUGUGUGUGUGUGUGUGUGUGUGUGUGUGUGUGUGUGUGUGUGUGUGUGUGUGUGUGUGUGUGUGUGUGUGUGUGUGUGUGUCUCCUGUCUGGAUGUUUUCUUUGUUUGAGAAAUCAGACCGUAGUUCUCUCCUACUGCCACUGGGGGGCAUGAAAUGCCCUGCAGUCGGCUGGCUGAAACAGAACCAGAAUUAUUUAAUACUGGACCGGCUGGAGUCGAUGAAGCUGAUCUGAUAUUUUUGAUCAAAAAAUUAGAAAAGUUCGCAGAACUGAUCUGGUUCUGUUCUGGUUUCAGACAAAAUCUAACCCUGAAAGAAAAAUGUCAACUUUAAAGUUUUCUUUUUGUUUUUCUGUUUUGAAAGGAGACGUUCUGACACCGAGCUUUUUCCUCAGUUCUUCAGCUUUGAGCUUCAUAUUUUGGACAGAACCUUUUCUCCAUAACCCUUAACAGAAGGUAUCAGAGUAACUGACACAGCAGAGGAACAUUAGAGGAACCCGGGGACCUGCUGUGGAGAGGAAAGAACCCAUGAACCCUGAUCUUUGGGUUUAAAGAGCUGACGGUUUGGACCUGAGGCUGGCCAGGGAGUCAUGGACCGGUUUAUGACUGGUCGGGUUCUAGGUCCGUUGUUCUUGUUGGAAAGAAUGAGUGAACACAGCAGAACAUUACAGAGUAGUUCUACUGUUUUCCAAAAUGUUGGAUCCAGUUUGUGUUUACAGCUGUACUGGAUCAGAACCAAACUCUUCAUCAGCUUUUAAUUUUUUUCUGAACAGAAACAUGUUGGGUUCUGCAGGUUUCUGUUCAGAUUUGGACAGAAAAUGAAGAUGAGAAUGCUCACCUCUGCUCUGAUCAACUGGAAGUCCACAUAGAUGGGUCGCAGAGGUACCAUCAGAACCAAACUGUGGGCUGGUCACUAUAAAGUCAUGAAUUUAUUUCUGAGACUACAGCAGAACUCCUGAACAUCUGGUUUGGUUCCUGAAGAUUUCCACCAUCCAGUCACCUCCUCUUUUGCUGGCCCGGAAGUGGUUCUGUUGGUUGAGUUCUGAGCCCUCCUGUUUCUCAGCCUGCAGAUGAAGUUCGGUUAGGUCCAAACCUCUGAAACCCGUCUGAACAUCAGAGCGGACAGAAUCACUCCAGCAGCGUUCAUCUUCUCCAACUGAUCUUAAGGACACUUCAGAACCUCCACGGAAUUCUGCAGGUUCUGGUGGACUUCUUGUGGAAUACAGCCUGAUCAUACCGCUCCUCAGUAUUCUCUUUGUGUUGUAAAUAAAGUUGGACCUGCAGAACAAGAAGCCAUACAGCCACACUUUGCUUUCACACAGAACCAGAACGUGGACUGGCUGCUGUCUCCAGGUUCUGUUUGUUUGGGUCUGACCUGUGCUGUACAUACAUCAUUUCCUGUGAGGAUCCAUGUUGAGACACAGAACCUGUUUUUGUUCUUGAAGCUUAGAGGCAAAAAUAAAAAUAUGAACUUAAAUCCAAA